AUGAAGAGGCCUGGCGUCCCCCGCUGUUUGGGCCCGAGUGUUUACCCAGAGGUGCCUGAGGGCGGCUGGGGCUGGGCCGUGGCUCUGGCCUUUUUCUUGGUGGAGGUCAACACAUAUGGAGUCAUCAAGACCCUGGGCAUCUUCCUCCAGGAUCUGAUGGAGGAGUUCAGGGAGAGCAAUAGUCGUGUGUCUUGGGUCAUCUCCAUCUCUGUGUUCAUCUUUGCCUUUACAGCUCCGUUGGCAACGAUGCUGAGCAACCGCUUUGGCUAUCGUCCAGUGGUGAUGAUGGGCGGCUUCCUCAUAAGUCUGGGAAUGAUCACGUCUGCCUUCACUAGUUCCAUCACUGAGAUGUACAUCACUCUUGGCAUCAUCUCAGGAUUCGGCUUCUGCCUCUCCUUCCUCCCCACAAUCACCAUCUUGGCCCAGUACUUUUCCAGACGGAGAGCCCUCGUUACCUCCAUCGCCUCUUCAGGAGAAUCCUUCGCCAUAUUUGCUUUUGCACCUGCCUUCACCAGACUGAAGGAAGACAUUGGCUGGCGCUACUGUCUCGUCGUACUUGGUGUCAUUCAGGCCUCUGUGAUCGGCUGCGGCGUCCUCCUUCGUCCCAUUGUCAUCCGGCCGGAGCCCUUAAAGGAGGACGGCCCGUCGGACUCUGCCUCUCUGAAGCAGAUUCAGAAUGUUUAUGAAAUAGAGAACGAACAAACUCGAACCUCCAUGAGUUCAGCAAUCUCCAGAGGGUCUGGAGACUCAGGUGUCACGUCCCUCUCCGGGUCUGAUGAAGACCUGAGGAAUGCAGAACCAGAGGCCAGAUCUCUGUUGGGGUGGGAGAAGUCCUCGUCCACACCUCCCAGUCCAAUUAAAGACUGUCUUGACGUGGAAGUAACCGGGGGAGAGGCGAGUCCUGUCCACCGCUCCAGCCCCAAACUCCUGGACUUCUCAGUGCUUAAAGACGGUCCCUUCAUCUGGUACUCGCUCUUCGGCCUGUUUGCCACUCUGGGCUUCUUUGCGCCGCAGCUUUAUAUCAUCGAACUGAGUAAGAGCCGCGGCGUGGAGCCCACCGUGGCCUCAUACAUGCUCUCUGUGAUGGCCGUGGCUGAGAUCUUCGGCCGCUUAUCCAUUGGGGUCGUGUUAAACAAGGUCCGCUGCAAGAAAACCUUGGUUCUGCUGGGGUGCGUGGUCCUGCUGAGCCUGGUUUUGGUGGCCUUCACAGUGGUGUGGGAGUUCUGGGGCCUGGUGGUCUGCUGUGCUCUCUACGGCUUCUUCUUGGGCACUGUGGCCUCCACACACAUCCCUCUUCUGGCUGAGGAGGAAGUGGUGGGCAUCCAGAAGAUGCCCUCCUGUGUAGGGGUCUACGUCUUCAUCCAGAGUUUCGCUGGUCUGGCUGGACCCCCACUGGGAGGUGUGCUGGUGGACGUCACUCAGGACUACGGUGCUGCUUUUUACUCAUGUGCAGCAGGGCUUGGUGUCAGCGCCAUCUGCCUGGUUCUGGUUGUCCUGGGUAAAUCCACACUGUGCCAAAGCUGCAUCAGAGUCCAAGACGAAAGCAAGAAGGCUGACAAAGAGGAAAACGUGUUUCAGGACAGUGACCAGCUGGACUUUUUGGAAGUGGACUUAGUGGAGGACAGUGUGGUCCCACAGGCUGAAGAUCAGAAAAACAUGUCAGUUAUCUGAGUGUGACUUCACAGAAUACAGAAUGAAGCAGAACUCAGAGGUCUGGAUCUUUGGCAUCACCUGCUGCUGGAUCCAAAUCUCAGCUGUCGCUGCCUCAACUACCCACAAGCUCGAGAAUCUGUCUCUGCUCCGAGACCAAAGACCAUCUGUGAGGAGACACGUUCUCACUUCUGACAACAUCCCAAAGUCCUGCUCCAGCCGGUUCUGAACUUAGUCAACUUUUCAUAACUUGUAUCACAAAGUACCAAAGCAACGAGGCUGGUCCUCAAGUCCAGGGGUCCCC